CCAUGUCCCGCGCCGCCUUCCGACUCUCCCGCACCACACGGACGAUCCUCUACUCCACCCUCGUCGCGAACGCCGGCGUGGGCGUCUACGCCUACAAGGAGGUCCGCCGCCUCGAGCGCGCGUACCCCGAGCACUCGCCUCCGCCCUCCUCCCCCCUGCGCACACCGACAGCUAGCGGGCCGGACUGGUAUGCGCCCAACAGGGAGAUCUACAGCCCCGAUGGCGAAGCCGUCGAGUUCUACGCGCGCGUCCCUGCCGACUUGUUGCCCCGCGACCUCAAGGAGGCGUCCCGCGCGUGGGCGGAUGCGUGCUUGCGCAGUCGACUGAUGCGGCUCGAGGGCGACCUCAUCAGCAAGUCCGCGGGGAAGGAGAAUCGAGAGCCCCACUGGGAAACAGGAGAGGAGGUCGUGGGCGGCGCGCUAACCAUCGUGCACCCGCCGGACGAGAAUGGAUACGCGCUGUACAAGUGGCGGCUGCCGGCGGAGCCCGUCGAGUUCUUCGAGAAGAUCGCGCGCUGGGGCUAUCCGUGGCGCCUGAUGGAGGGUGGACGACACGAGACGGUGGUGAAGCUCUCUGAGGACCCAGAGACGGUGCUGGUGGGUUUCUCGGCGGGGCAUGACUACCAUCUCUUUGGAGGGGAUGGCAAGGUCAUCCCGCAGUGGGUCGAGCGUGCUCACCGAGCGUACGGCCGACUGGUGCUGGAAGAAGGCGUAAAGGAGCUGUACAGGCGCGCGGGGAAGGAACCGCCGAAGUGA